GCCUUAACCUCCAAAAAUGCUAGGAUUAUAGGUGUGAGACACCAUGCCUGGCCAAUACAGAGCAUUUUUAAAAGCCUGGUUCUGCAUGUUGCCAAACAAUUUUUAUGGAGACAGCAACAAACUAUGUAUUCUCAGUAUGAUUUGCUGUUUUGAAUUUUGACUUCUAUAGAUGUUUGUUUUUUAAAUGGAGAGCUUGUGAUGUUAGCUGUGGGCCUGUAAAAAAUAAAAAUAGAUAAAAAUGGGAAACUUAAUUUUGGAAUUAAUCUUUUUAACCUUUGGGUAGCCUUUUAGAGGUUAUAGCCUAAAAAUAUAUAGCAUAACUAAAAUAUCUGAUAAAUCCUUUAGAAUGGGAUCCUAUUUAUUAGAAUGCUUUAAAAAAUUAGAGAAUCUUAAUUUUAUGAUACAACUGAUAAAAAUAAUAAACUCAUCAUUUACAUAAAUUGUUUUAUUUGAAUGUUUACUAUAAAAUAGGGAAAUUAUGAAAUUUAUAUUCAGAGGUUAAAGAUCUUUUCAAGAUCACUAGUAAAGGGCAGAAUUAGACCAACCUCUGUACUGAACCACAUCUUUGAUGCAGUUUUUAAUUAUAUAAUUUUAAUAAGAGAACUUUAAAGAAACUCUUAUUGUCAGUAUUCUCCUAAACCUGUAUUUACAGCACUCCACAACAAUUACUAUUUACAAUAAUGACACAAAUUUCCAGGGCACAUAUAAGAAAGGAUUUAUAUUUUUCAAUAAAGGCUGAAUGAAACAUAGAAGGCUAGGAAAACAAAGAGUGAAUUUUCAGUUCACCAAAAUUUUUAUUGAAGCUGGAAGCCUUAAGCAAAUUUGUAUGCACCUUUGUGUAUAUCUUAAGUUUCUUAAGCAGUCAUAUUUGUAGACACGUUUUUCAGAGUCUCCAGGUUUUUUUUUUUACAGUAGGAAAAAAACCCACUUAAAUUACCUCUCAUUACGUCUCCCCUCUCUUAUGGUCCUUUGCUCUCACAAUGCUGAUUUGGUCUUCCAGGACAAGCAAGUUCUUGCAUAUUCCUUUUCCUUGAAAAACCUUCCAGUUAGUGGUCAUCUAACAGCUUUUCACUUCUUCACAUCUUUCUUGUUAAAUUCACUGCAUCUAUAAAUUGUACAUCAGUACAAAUGUUUUAUUAAUAUUAAAAAUAAUUUUGUUUCAUUUCUCAUUUAUUAGACUUUCAUGGCUGGAAUCUCUUAAAUCUGUAUUAACUAUAGUAAGCUGCUAUGAAUGCUUCUAGUGCUGUAUAAUUAAUUCCAUCAUCGCAUCCUUAAAAUAUGCCAGCACGUGGCGCUUGCCCCUCCCUCUCUCUCCCUCUUUCUCCCUUCUCACACACACACACACACGCACACGCACACGUACACGCACACACGCGUGCGCACAGCACACACCAAACUGCCAUUCUCCAGCAGGCCUGCUUCUGGAGUUGGGAGAUGUCAGCCUGCUGGGAGGGAGUGGGGGGAGGAGGAAGAGGUGGGGCUCUACUCUGAUUAAUUACCUUAGGCAUUCAGGGGUGGGGCUUCCUUCAGCCAUCUGCCUGAGAUAUGGGAGGGAGCUGGAGAAAGAAGGAGGGGGAGAGACUGGCAGAGAGGAAGAGAAAAGAAAGGAAGAAACAUUAGAAAGAAAAAGGAAGGAAAACGGUAUAAAGGGAGAUCAAUUACCCACCCUUAAAUAGCUAGAUUGGGGGGGAGGGGGGUGGAAAAGAAAGCUGUGGAGGUGUGCCCCUGCACGGCUGCUUUGAAGCGUUUAUCAUCUAUUCGUUUGGUUUAUGGAGAAAAAGAAAAUGGUAACUCAGGGUAACCAGGAGCCAACAACAACUCCUGACGCGAUGGUUCAGCCUUUUACUACCAUCCCAUUUCCACCACCUCCGCAGAAUGGAAUUCCCACAGAAUAUGGGGUGCCACACACUCAAGACUAUGCCGGCCAGACCGGUGAGCAUGACCUGACACUCUAUGGAAGUACGCAAGCCCACGGGGAGCAGAGCAGCAACUCACCCAGCACACAAAAUGGAUCUCUUACGCAGACAGAAGGUGGAGCACAGACAGAUGGCCAGCAGUCACAGACACAAAGUAGUGAAAAUUCAGAGAGUAAAUCUACCCCGAAACGGCUGCAUGUCUCUAAUAUUCCUUUCCGCUUCCGGGACCCUGACCUCCGGCAGAUGUUUGGGCAGUUUGGCAAAAUCCUAGAUGUAGAAAUAAUCUUUAAUGAACGAGGCUCUAAGGGAUUCGGGUUCGUAACUUUCGAGAAUAGUGCUGAUGCAGACAGGGCCAGGGAGAAAUUACACGGCACCGUGGUAGAGGGCCGUAAAAUCGAGGUGAAUAAUGCUACAGCACGUGUAAUGACCAAUAAGAAGAUGGUCACGCCAUAUGCAAAUGGUUGGAAAUUAAGCCCAGUAGUUGGAGCUGUAUAUGGUCCAGAGUUAUAUGCAGCAUCCAGCUUUCAAGCAGAUGUAUCUCUAGGCAAUGAUGCAGCAGUGCCCCUAUCAGGAAGGGGGGGUAUCAACACUUACAUUCCUUUAAUCAGUCUCCCUUUAGUUCCUGGCUUCCCUUACCCUACUGCAGCCACCACGGCAGCCGCUUUCAGAGGAGCCCAUUUGAGGGGCAGAGGGCGGACAGUAUAUGGUGCAGUCCGAGCGGUGCCUCCAACAGCCAUCCCCGCCUAUCCAGGUGUGGUUUACCAGGACGGAUUUUACGGUGCUGACCUCUAUUCAGCUGAAGAAAUGUUAACAUCUCACUCUAAAUCUCUCAGUGGAGUCUCUGUUCCCUUCUCUGAUAUAACAGAUGGGGUGGAUAUGCAGCCUACAGAUAUGCACAGCCUGCUACUGCAACCGCAGCCACCGCUGCUGCAGCCGCUGCCGCAGCUUACAGCGACGGUUAUGGCAGGGUGUACACAGCCGACCCCUACCAUGCCCUCGCCCCUGCCGCUAGCUAUGGAGUUGGCGCUGUGGCGAGUUUAUACCGAGGUGGCUACAGCCGAUUUGCCCCCUACUGAAGUGACGUGAGACCCCUGCAAAUGGGACAGCCCCCCAGUUCAUGAGGCCUGGCUAUUGCAAUAUUUACUAGUAGAGGAACUCUAUAGCAAGAUGAAGAGGAAAAACAAACAAACAAAAAAAACACACAAAAAAAGAAAGAAUACUUUUUUAUACCUCACUAUGUUCUUUGAAUAUGUAUUUUUCCUUUAAAUUUCUGCCUUUAACUCUUUUGUUCCAAAGAUUGUGCAUUUUUUUUUCUUUUUUUUUUUUAAACUGUGGUAAAAAAAAAAAAAAUAAUGCAUUUCCAUGUCUGUAUGUCCGUGCUUAGCUUAUUCUAUCAAUCACGGAAGAGGCAGUCAAAGAGGAAGGAGAGACAUUAGGAGCUGAUAAAUGCAUCUGAUCAGAAAUCAGCAGACAGAAUUACCAAAGUGUAUCUGGUGCUGAAUGGCUGGGGGACAAGCAGAAGUGGAAGAGAUAUUUCUGCAACAGGAUAUUCUUCUAGUCUUCUGAGUUUCUGGUCUUUGACAGACAAUUCUGGUUGGCCGUGGCUGGAAUCCACAUGCUGAUAGAUAGGAAUUUGUGCUUAUAAGCAGGAGAAUUAAAAAGACGCUUUCCUCUCCUCUUCCCUCCUGUCUUCUCCAUUCUUUUUACAAUCAUCUUACAUGAACAGCCUGAGACAGUUGACAUAGUUUUUGGAAUUGUAGUAUUGAUAUUUCCAAACGUGCUCUCAGACUGUGGAUAAACACCUCAUUAGGAAACCAAUCUCAGAAUGAACUCUGGAGUAUGAAAAAGAUCAUUUGUUUUUGUUCUGUAACCUAGCAUUCCUUCUGGGCUGCUUCUCCUUUAAUUGAACCACAGCUUAGCUCAUCUAUUCUUUUAUUAAUGCCCUGCUCUCAUGUCCAUAAGAUUCAGGAAUUUAGGACCCAGGGACAGAAAAAUGAAUAAGCCAGUGACCAGAUUUCCCCCAGCUGUCUGGGCACAGCUUGAAGAUUAGAAGUACCAAUUGUUCACAGCCAUUAAAGAGAGUGUGGAAGAGAAAAGGAAUAUUAGAAGAUUUGGUAUUUCUUACUUUUUUUUUUUUUUUUUUUUUUUUUUUUUUUUUUUUUGCCUCAGAAAGUACAAAGUUUAAAAAUAGAAUAAAAAAUCUGCUGGGGAAAGGUGGAGUACCAGGUCCUAGGUCAGCGGUCCCUGGAAGUUUUGGUGAUUAGGACAUGUAAGGGCAGGCAGAGGCACUUUGUACUUGCUCCAAAGCCAUAGGAAUUUUCAUCUUCCAGAGCCUUUAUGAGUCACUUCUCUAUCCACAGUCUUGAGCCCUGUGGCUAUCCCACCAAGCUUCUCACUGUCCUCCAAAGACACCUGGCUGAGCACCUGGACCACUUUGUAUACAUUAACACUACAGGACAUAAAAUGUGGAGCCCCUGAGAUUGCUGCCCUCCCAUGUUGGAAUGAGGGUCUGGAAUGGCAAGGGUCUUCUAUAUUGCCAGAAAGAGUCAUGCAGUAGCAGUGGCAGUGAGUCACUGCCAUUGCGGUCUGGCUAUAAUUUUCUAUAUUAUUAAGGUAGGAGAGAAAGUACUUCUCUUCUAGCUAUUAGAUAUAACUAAUAAAAGCAAGUGUCCUACAGCAUUUCCAAAAUGAAGGCAUUAGGAAAUAGAAAAACACGGUCUUUUUGGCUCCCUGGUCUAUUCACAUUGGUACUAGGGUGACCUUUCACCCAAGGGAUAGCUGCUAAAGGGAGUAAUUCAGAGACAUGGAGCUUCUGGUUUGUUAUGGGUUUGCUUAUGGUUUGUUUUUUAACUCCUGCCUCCACACAUGUUCUUGACUGAUAACUGACUCAUGUCCCUGAAUUAAAAUGACUGACCUAUGACAGCAUCAAGCAUUCUUUGGAAACAGAGUGAUGUAUCUGAGAGGGCAUUGGCCUCUCGUGUAUGAUACUUUCCCCCUUAAGAAUCCUGUUUCGCCUCAUAACUGGGGGAGAGGCUGUGCCUGAAACUUGGGGCGACGUCAAGGAAGCUAGAGGCCUCGAUGCAAUUAUUACUGAUUUGGGGGAGGAAUACAGAGAAUAAGGGGACACCAACUGCCCGGUCCAUUGGCCAUUUUUAAGGGUCCCCCACCCCAAGCCAAAGUUUGGUUUGUUGCUGUUAAGACAAUUUUUGUUGUAUGUAUAUAAAUAUUUUAGUUAGAGGAGGGGGGAAGGGGGUGCAGGGCUUUCACAGUUCUAGGGAAUGGAGGCAGGGAGGAUUUUGCUUUUGCUUUGAGGGAGAACUUUAGCUGACUAAAAGAACAGAAAUUUGGGGUCAUGAUCAAAAAGGGACCAUUCCCAAAAGAUGGCAAGCCACUUAAUCAGUGGAGACUAGGCCAAAUUCUAAAUGGUUGUAUCCAUAGCAGGGGAGAAUAGGAGAAUGAGUUUAAGAGUUUUUCUCUUCUUUUUUCCUAGAAAGAGGUAAGGAUAAUGGGAAAGGUAGGGAAGGCAGCUCCCACAGACCUUUUGAGAGGCGGAAUCUUGAGCUUGAGGCACCUUUAGUGCAUCUCAGUUCAGCUGGUUCUGGCUGAGGCCUCCAAAGGCAAGCACUGGACUUUCCAGUGGUUUCUGCUGCAUUUCCAGGGAUGGUGUUUAACACCGCUUCCUCCAGCUCCCUUUUCUAAGACUAAAUGCAGUUCUGCUUUUUAUAAAAGGGUCUUUGGUUUUCAGUGUCAACACUGAAAAUUGGGGCUCUUAUAAGCAUCUAGACUUCACAGUAUCAAGCUCCCGAUCACCUUUUGAAUUUUGAGUCUCCAUACAGUCAACCUCAUCAGAGGCGGGUUCCUUAAAGCAGCUUGUCUGUUCCUGACUCUGGUUCUCACUGUAUUAAGAGUCAGAGGAGUCUGGCAUUUCGUGAGUUUGUUAGAGGAUGCUGGCUGAUAAUUCCAGAGAACUUAAUGCUGAAUCACAGUACAUGCAUGAUUCUUUUUCAGCUUUACUGUAGUUCAUGACCUGGACUUUCUAUACUCUUGGAAGCUGGGCUCCUAAAGAAGGUCUCUAGUGAAAACUUUUAUCUUCACGUCCCUCUUUUAGCCCAGAGAGCUGCCCAUAGGCAUUUUCCAGAAUUCCUUGUGUCACUUAGUUCAAUUUCCAUUAACUCAGAUCAGCCAUUGUGAUUCACCAUUUGUCCGCUCUCAGGUUUAACAAAACGUUAUCACCGUCAUCCUUCAACAGCCACAGUCUGAAUUGAGCCAACUUUUUUUUUCCUUGAGAAAGAAAUGGACUGGGGCACAACUCUUAGUUUGAGGGGAGCUAGUGGACAUCUAGCCAAUAGAAAUCAUCGAUAGCAGCUUUUCCUCAAAUGUGUGACUCCUCAGGGGCUGAACUGCUCUUAGUUUAGAAUUAUGCUUUACUAGAGAACAAGCAGAUCAGUGGGUUAGUCACUGCCAUCCUCUUAACUAGUUAUAUAGCUUCCAGACAUGAGGGAGACAUCACAGGGAUGGAAGCAACCCCAAGGAUAUGCGAGAAGGGCAUGAUGACCACCCUUCCCUCUGGCAGGAGAGCAAGGCCAACCAAGGACAGACUGGAAAGCACUUAGAUGUUUAAGGAGGGAAAGGGGGCAACUUUGAUGAGCUUUCCCCCUUUGCCAAGUUCAGCCAGUUCUCUGCUGCUUGCAACCCUCUAGCACAGUAACAUUUGCAGAAUUGCAGAUUUUUCCCCCAGAUACUAGGAGGAAAGGGACUUUGGGGGGGGGCGGGGAAGGGGUUGUGGUGUUUUAAAAGCAUAAGUUACCUGUUUGCACUGUUUUAAGAUAGGAAAAAAAUAGUGGGCAAGGUGAACAUCAGACGUAAAUUUGUGUGUUUUUAUUUUGUCAUGCUCUUGAAAAUGUUUGACCAUUUGUAGUAUACACAGUGAAACUUGAUUCUCUGUUGCAUAAAACACUAUAUUUUUUUGGAAAUGUUGCUGUCCAAAAGGCUCUUCCCUCCCUUUGCUUUUCCUAUGUACUUCCUUCAUACUUGCUUUACUGAUCAGCCAGGCAAUAGCCAUCCAAGAGCUAGAGCAUGAAACAGGGCCCUUUCCAGGUAGGCUCUGGGUGUCCUAAGCCAGCGUGUGCCCUCUGGUUUAGUGAGAGCAGUAGAGUCCCUGGCACCUUCCUUUGCAAAUAAGGCUUACAGACCAGACUGCAGCAAAUUAUCAGAUUCCUCAAUCAGAUGCACUAGGAGUGAGGAGCCCAGGAAUGGAGGGGAUUCCUGAAGUAUUGCAGUUGGCUGUAGUAGCUGAGUUCUUAUCCUUGUUACCGAAACUGUAGCCAGUUACAGUUUACUCAGGAAAACGGUAGAUCAAUUCAGCCAUGGUAGUGCUGGUUGGCAGGGAUUGGUAACGGAGAGAACUGCUCAUCAGCCAAAACUCAAGCCUUGCCUUUUAGGAGGCCACCAGCAGAGGGACUUGGUUCUCCUUGUCUGGUAGUUGUGUACAUGCUGGUGACUUGAGGACUCCACUCACACCGGCGAGCAAGAAGGGAACAGUGAUUCUCUUUUCUCUCCCCACCCCCUGCCCUUUGUUACCAACACCAGUUUCCCAGGGGGUACAUGAGUUUUUGAAUUUUUAAAAAGUGUCUUUUGGUUUGGUUUUUCCGGGGACUGGUAAGUGCUUUAAGCAAUGUCUAUACCCCAUCAAGACUCCCAGCUUAGUCAUUUUCUUGUGUUUUUCUGUUCACAGUAUUUGUGUGUGUGCUUGUUUUGGCAGCUCAUUUUGGCUGUAUUAUAUAUCGAGUGAGGAAUUGAUUCUCUUUUUUUUUCCUAAGGGGUAUGAAUUGUUUUUCUUGUGUUAUAUUCUGCUUGUGAAUAGCUGGAGCAAACCUGGGGCUGACACACGUAAGCUAGGGCUGCAGAGUGAGAAGAGCCGGUGGAGUGUACUUGUCCCUGACAGGCUGACCUACCUGAGUCUCUGAGCUUUUCAGUCCAAAUCUUUGCAAGGCUCAAAAUGCCACAGAACCUCUCCUCUUCUCCCCACUCCCCAUGGCAGGGACCGGACCAUCCCUACAUGCAACAUGCUGUUCCUCAGCCCCUCCCAUUGCCAUGGCAAAACAGGUACCUUUGGGGCAUGGGGCAUUACAUGGGAUGCUUAUGUAAUCGACCACCUAGCCUUCUCUCUCCCCUCCCGACCUCCCCCAGAAUCACUUCCUAGGACACCCGAGCUGCUUGCCCAGGGUCCUGUUUCCCUGCUAACUCCAGAGAAGCACCCCAGGGCUUUGUGACAGUCUCGAAUUCCCUUCCCUUCUCGUUAAGAAUCAUAUUGUAUAGUAGCUUUCAGACCAUACAGUAUUCAUUGGGUUACUCCUAUUAUUAUCAAGUAGCUGGAAUUGUGAAGGUCGGAGUAGUUAGAUCUUUAGCUUUUAUUCCUUAUUUUUUUGUAUUACUCUCCAUGUGUAUAAAUUAUUGAUCAUGUUGCUGGCUUUUAUAAACUCUAAGCGAAGGAGGAGCACUGCCUCAGCCUUUGCAUAUGGUAAUGAAGCACUGUUUUUAAAUAAAAGAGAGAAACACCA